AUGUCCGGGAUUUGUUCCCUGCGCCUACAGCUCCACACCUCUCCUCGCCUCUAUGCCCAACCUCCGUUCCAACCUCAGGCUCGGUCGGACAUCAGUCAGCUAUGGAACCUUUCCCCUUCAGUCCGGUUACCUGUAGCGGAGUGGGAGCGACCCGGCUGCAUUCUCACUCUCGACUCGCGCUACAACCCUGAGGGGGUGCUGGCAGUGGAGGCGGCUGUAGCGCGGCUCCUGAGAGACCUGGGGGCGGAGGGGGGGGGAACUUUAGAGUCGACUCACAAGCCAGCGGAGGCGGCUGUAGCGCGGCUGCUGAGGGACCUGGGGGGAGAGGCGGAAAGGGUGGGGGGAGAGAGGGUUGGGGGAGAAGGGAAGGGGUGGGCGGGUGUAGGGACGGGCGCAGGGGGUGCGGAACAGGUAGGGCGGAGGGGGAAGUUGCGGGAACGGAGUGAGAAGGAAGCGGGAGUGGGGAGGUUCGGGAGGGGGGCAAGGGAUGGGGAGUGGGGUUGGUAUGGGGGACGGUGGGGUAGGCGGCUGAAUGAAGCGGUGGGGGAAGCCAAGGGGCAGGGGACGAGUGAGGGGCAGGGGAAUAAUGAAGGGCAGGGGAAGGAUGAGGGGCAGGGGAAGGAUGAGGGGCAGGGGAAGGAUGAGAAGGAGGUGGAAAAGGAGAGCGGAAAGGGAGGAGAGGGCGGAAAGGGGAUGUCUGAGGCGUGGCGGAGGUUCUAUGGUGGGCUCCCUAAGGUGGUGGUGGAUGCGGAUGGGAAUGAGGAUCAGCUGAAGAUGCCCAUUUGGGUGGCUCUUGCCAUACCGUUUCUACAGGAGCAGCUGUCGUGCUGCUGCCAGUGGGCCUUCUUUGUCGAUUCAGAUGCCUACAUGCGCAUGCACCACCACAACCUCUCAGUUGAAGACUCGAUAAAAGACAUCAAGAAGCCUAACUACUUCAACUGGCUGCUGGAUGCCCAAGUGACAGACUCCUUGGAGGGACAGGUGUGGGCCCCACAGGACCCGGCCUUGCUGCUACAGCCGGCCACCGCGCUACAGCCGGAGGGCCCUGUGGCCCUGAUACCACGGAACGGGGACGCGGUGGGGGGGUACGAUGGGGGAGCGGAUCUGCUGUUCUCAGAGAACCACGAUUAUCUCAAUGCGGGGGUGCUGCUCUGUAGGAGGUCCCUGGACACAAUUGAA